AUGUUUCAUCAAUUCCGUAGUCACCAGAAACGAAAGGUGAACAGCCAUUCCUCCGGUGGCCACAAAGAGCAAAACGAGAAAGGUGUAACGAUCCCUACAUUGCCUUUGAAAUUGUUCAUGCAACAGGAUGAAAAGAAAGAGUCACAACAACGACCAACCUUAUUGAAUGAUGACUCGAGUGCGGACCUUUCAGUUUACACAACUGAAACAAAGACUACCGUACAAUAUCCUCCACGUGAUCCUUAUGGCCGCAUGAAUUCGGCAGAAUGGCCAUCGAAACGAGAUUCAGCAAAUGCUGCCAGGGCAACUACGGUUGUAGCUCAAAAAUCCAACUUGCUUGGUGCUGGUUCUGCCACGAAAGAAGUAGGAAAUCGAUCCCAAUCUCCCAAAACCGUGACUGGGACACGGUUGAACGAAUGUAUGGUGAUCAAUACUUCCAGACCCUCAUCUCCUUCCACAGCUCCUAGUACGCCUCCUCGAGAUUUGGACCACCCAGAAGAUGAAGAUGUCGAAGACUACUACGAUUACGACCAUCGGAUACAUGAGCGAAGACAAGCAUCACUGGCAAGUGGAUCCGUGAGUCGGACCUCCUCCAAUCCCACGGCGCAGGAGUCGAUAGCCAGCAACAAUCGAGUGAAGCAUUGGCGUGGACCAGUAGACUUGGACGAUUCUUCAAUCGAGGAUUAUGACAACGAUGAGGAUGAGGAUGAUGAUGUAGUGCGCGAGGCCGAAGAAGAGAAUGUGCAACAUGCCUCCGUGUUUCGUAAAAAGAUAACAUCAUCCACCAUAUUGCCAGAGGAUUCUGACAAUGAAGCUCUCGUUUCGCCAAUGGUGUGGACGGAUCACGAUGACGACGAUGAUGGGAUCACUGAGCUGGUACCGCCGCCAAGAAAACUCAGUGACGAGGAUGAGGCGGCGUUGAAUCGGAGUUACCACCAGACUAUGCAAUCAAUUUCCUUUCACUCGAUUGACGAGAGCGGCGAAGAUAAUGGCUAUGGCAGCGAUGAUAUGGAUUCCGGAGCAGUUCUUCUGACACAGGAAGAACUGCAGAAACACGUGAAUAAAGUGCAGAACAAGGAGCCGAUGCCUUCCUCGUACAUUGGUGGAUACGAUCAGUGGAAACAAGAGCAAGAAUACAAACGGAGAUACUUUGAGAGACUGCAACGAAAGGUGAACGAAAAGAAACGUCACCAGCAACCACAUGCGCAUCCUCAACUUGAUCAAUCUCCGCGAAGACCUGCACAGUCCGCAACUGACUACAAUCGAUCAUCGGGGGACUCCCUAGCCGACUUUACUAGAUAUACAUAUGAGAACAUGGACAAGAGUGUUGCCAGUACCAUCGCCACGGCACGAACGAAGGAAUCAUCAUCGGAAAAGUCUUCUGGAACCGCGACAAAAUCCAAAACAAAAGGGGUGUGGAAGAUUCUUCCCAAGCUUACUGGAAGUUCCAAGAAGAAAACCCCAAGCAAGAAGACUGGAAAGGUCCAGAGUAGACAUGCAUCACCACCUCGAGAAGCGGUUCUCAAUCAAGUCGAAGAACUUUCUGAGGUCGCCAACAUGUCUCUUGCGCCUUUGAAUUCAAUGCUGGGCAUGAAUGUUGGUAGUGAGGGAGAACCAAGGGAGCUCGUAUCUCAAUACCUACAAGUAGAACGCAAGAAGCAACUGCAAGCAGAAGAAGACAAGGCACAAGAGGAAUGGAAGGAGCAAGAGCGCAUCCAAAGGAAGAAAGAGGAAUACUUGCGACGACAACGAGAACUGAAUAAUAUUGUGCCUUCAGGGCCCAGAUGUACCUCUCCAGGCCCCAUUUCUCAUGUUGCGUCCAGAGAUUUCAAAGAGGAAGGCACUGCUCCCUUGUGUUCUGCCUCGUUUGAAUCUGAGCGAUCUGGAGCAAGGUCCGCUACCAUUUUGUCUCCUUGCAUUCUUUGUGACGAAGCAGAACGGACUCAUAUCGCCAUGCCCUGCAUGCACUUUUUCUUCUGCGGCAGUUGUGUGGAAAAGAUGACGCAAAAUUGCAGUUGCCCUGUUUGUGGUGCCAGCAGUGUCAACUUUGCCCGGGUAUACACAGGAUAA